AUGAGGAUGCAGUGGUUUUUGCUCCGGCACGCGUACUUCAUCAAGGGGGAGGAUUUCGCGGUUGCCGUGGCGCUGCUGGACUUGGCGCUGUACGUCUUGAUUGGGACGAACUCGCUGCAGUUUCUGGACCAGGCUCCAGAGAAGGCGAUGUUUGGCAUGGUCACGUCAGCACUGAUCUUCAUCAUUGCGCUCUGCGGGUUUGUGAUUGUGCGCAUGUUCCGCACGAGCAAGUACAAGAUCGAGACGUACAUCAUGCCUGUGCUGAUCAUCUGCAACAUCGCCAGCAUCUUCUACAUGCAGCUCAUCAACAAGUUGGUGGGGUUCAUGACGCUCCAGCUCCCCGUGCUCACCUUCCUGGUCACCGGGUAUCCGUAUGUCUGGCUCGUCGCGUUCGUCCUCAUCGGCAUGGGCGGGGGACUCAUCGCUCAGUCAGUCGUUUGCUCCAUUUCUCUGGGCACCACCUGUCCGCCGAGUGUGUGGAUCGACGUCGGGCUGUACGCGCUGCAGCUGGUCAGCGGCUCAGUCGCGUACUUCACGGUGUACGAACUGGGCAUUCUGAUUGUGCGCUACAAACGGCACCCGGCGCGCUACCUCGACGCCUUCUCGGAUCUCACGGCGCUCGACACGAUCGUCUUCUCGCCAGUCUUUGGGUUGGGAGGCGAAACCGCGCGGCAGGUUCAGGUGAGUCAGUUGAUGGCUCCAGAGAAGCCGAAUCUCGACGGCCUCACUUUCCUUCGGUCGGCGUCGCAGGUCUCGCAGACGACGAACCGGCUCGUCUCCCGAACCUUCUACCACGCCAACACCCCGCCCCACAUCCCUUCGCGGGAUGGAAUCCCUGGCGACAAGGCCCUCGUGGGCGAGAAGGACCGCGCCGGCUCCGCGGUCUUCUCCGUUCCCAACGGCUUUGCUCACGGCCCCGGCGCCCCGCCGGCGCGCCCAGGCCUCGGCGCCGCGGCUCCUCACGCCGGAGUCGCAAUCCCCAAGACCAUCAAGCAGCACGCGGCGGCGCUGCACGCGGGCGGCGUGUCGCCCCACGGCUCGCCGUCCACCCAGCCUCUCGGGCCACUGGCCGGGGUCGCGCGCCCGAGCACCGCCCGCGGGUGUUCGGGCUACGUGUCUCUGAGCCAGCGAGACGACGGGGGCUACGGAGAUCUCGGCUGCGGCAGCGUCCGGACCUCGGUGGAGAGCAGAGCGACGAAUCGGUCGGCUGCGAUCUACGGCGCGCAGCCCAGCGCGAGGCCUGCGAACAAGAGUGGGCGUGUGGCGGGGCUGUUUCGGAACUUCGGCUCAAAGCGCUCCGCGGGGUCUGAAGGCGAAGGCGGCCAGCCGCCCUCCGAGUGCUUCGCGAGCGCGGCAGCCUCGAAGGAUUUCUCGAGAAAGAAAGGCGUGGGCGGAUCGGCGAGCCAAUCGACCGUCCCGAUUCUCUUUCCCCGCCCCUGCGACGUCGAGGGAAAGACCUGGGAGGGCUUGCCCGAUCCGGCUCUCCCCAGAGACCUUGCAAAGGAGACACCUGCCGCGAGUUUCGCGUCGAGUCCGGGCUCGCGAGUGAUUGAACGGCACGACGGCGCCACGGAACCCGACAGCGACGCCGCACGGGAGGCCGGAAGGAAGGCCGCGGCGCCUCUGGUCGCGGAAGCAACUGUCCACAAAGCCGUGCGUCCCAGCGCGUCCUUCUGUUCGGACGUGUCUUCUCGCAGUUCCUUCAAGGCGUUUCCCCGGGAACUCCAGGGAGAGGACACACGGGACGCGCAUGCAGGCGCGCAAGGCGCGACGCCCUGGAACGCGAAACAGCCCCCCGCGGCGCAGGAGUGCGACGUGGGCAGACGCGCUGGAGAAGAAGAAGGCCACAGAGAAGCCGACGUGUCAGACGAGUCCGGACUGCCUGGGGCCCCGGCGUUGCCGUCCGCCGAGGCGCGAGUCCGGAGCGCGCUCCAGUACCAUCGCAGGUGGUUUUUCUCGCAGCUCCUGCACUUUCGGCGCGCUCGAAGAAGGCAGCGACGCCGCGGAAGUGGAUCUGAAGCGCGCAGAGAGUGCAGUUCCGAGGAAGGUGAUUUCGAUUCUGAGGGCGAGGGGAGCUGCAACUCGCAGAGUGGACGCUCGAGGAAGGGCGCGUUACGGAGGUUUUCGCGUCGCUCUGGAUCGAGGCUUCGCGAGGGAGACGCCGGCGUCGAUGGUUGCCGAGGAGUAAGAAGCAGCGACGAAGCGUCGGGCUACAGCAGUUCCAGUCGGCGUGAGAAGUCGUACUCGUGGGACGAAGGCAGCGAGUCUGACCCGUCAGGGUUCGAGGAAACCAGGAGACGGCACCGCGGUGAGAAACGGUAUGGCGUGAACAGACGGCGAAGCGAGACGUCUUCAGAUGAGUCGGUUUCGUCCUGCUCGACAAGUGCAGCCGGGCGGUAUGAAGGCGAGGCCGCGGGCUUUUCUGCGUCGACUUUUCGGCGCUUCUUCCCCCUCUUUGCACCGACCGGGAGCCGCCGUCGGGAGGAGACACCGAGGGGGCGACUGGACAGGGAAAGGCAGUCAAGUUGCGAGGAAGGCAGUCAGGACUGCAGUGCGUCCAGCGCUAACUGGGAUAGCUCCGAAGCGUCGGCGGACGGCUCGGACGCGUCCUGCGCUUCCUCUUCGCUGUGUGACGUGUGUGAGAGAGGCAGAGCGAGCGUCAGACGUUCGCGAAGACACGGAACAGGCCAGAAACUGGUCGAGUCGCGUUUCUCCUCGCGGUCCCACUCGCCGGUUCCUCGAAAAAGACGAGGAACGGGGCACGUCUCCGUCGACCUCACCCUUUCUCUCCCCUCCCACAUCUUCUUCGACACCUUCCUCAACUCUGUGAGGAAGGCAGAACAGCUUUCGAAGGGCCGACUGCCGGCUGCAGGCUCCUCUUCACAGCCAACGAGAGGGGAGUCGAGCGUCGCGUCGCUUCUCAGCGGAGGCGCAGGGGACGCAGCAGCGAGGGAGAGGCCCGAAGAUGCGUCUGCAGACCUGUCGAGUCGAACAAGUCAAGGAUGGGAAAGGUACUACGGCAUGCUUCUUCCGUCGCUUCCUCCGUUCCCUUGUGCACGGCCGCUCUCUGUGAAAUCCCGGAAUACCUCCCAGGGAUUCCAGAGAGUCGAUGCUCCCUCUGCAUCGAGAAAAGACACCGAGGAGACGGCCGCUUCGCUUUCCUCGCGCAUGGCGCCGUUCUUCGCCGAGGCCAAGACACGCGUCCAACCGCCUGCAUUUCCCGCCUCGGCGCCUCCUCUAGGCGCCACGCGGAUCACUUCCCUGUCUCCGGAGAGACAGUCUGUGUCGCGGGGAGAGGGGAGAGACGAGGGCAGCUCCCCUUCCGCGCCGCAGUCCUCUGACUCGCACCGUCGUCUUCCCCGUCGCAACUCCCUCUCCUCUUCCUUCCUCACCUUUCCAACGUGCCCCCAACCGCCCAGUUUGUCUCCGUCGUCGCCGUGUCACGCCGGGCCCCAGGCGUCGCGUUCCACUCCGGAGCGCACGAUUGAACUCGGCUCCAUGGAGCGGCAGGCAGUCGAUCCGAAUCGCGACGGCUCGCCCGCGCCUAAAGUCGAGAGGGAACCAGACUCGCCGGAGCCUCGCGGUUGCCUGACGUCUCCGAGCGCGGCCCCCACAGAGGAGCGUGGCCGCAGCUGGAGCUCGUGCGAGGCGCGUGCGUCCCUCGAGGUGUCGGCGAAUCCCUCGAAACGAACUCGUGGCGGCAACGCGUGGCGUCCCGUCGCUUCCGCGACGCAUCCUUCGUCCAACGAGAAGGUCGUCGAGUCAGUCGAAGCGUGUGCGCAAGUGCGAUGUCGACGCUGUGGCUGCUCGCGUAGCCGCGUGCCGCCUCGGCGGGGCGCGAGAACGGGCUCCGGCGCGGAGGACGCGAGCCUCGUUUGUACCGAAGACGGACCGGAGCGACGUCGCCUGAGGAGACGACGGAGAAGAGACAGGCGCAGAGCACGUGCAGAGCGACGACGGCGCAGGGCGCGACGCGCGAGCGAAGAAGGCGAGAGUGAAAGAGACUCCUCGGGAAGCAGUCGGGCGAGCUACAGCAGUGCGGAGAGAAGAAGCCAUCGGGCAGUGGGUGGGGUUGCCCAAUUGACUCCGAUUUGCGUGGAUGACGAGUGCGGCAGGGGCGAUGCCAUUCUGUCUCCGCUGCUGCGGAGCGAGGCGGAGUCGGAGAGCGACACGCGUGGGGUGUGGGGAGGCAGUCGGCGAUGGAGGCGAGCUCACGGGGUUCACGAUCUGUCUCCGUGCUCGACCGACGCGAGCGUGGCCGAGGACUCCCAGGAGCGGAGCGAGGAAGAGCGAGAAGGCCGGAGCGGCUGGAUGGCGUGGCUCUUGUCGCCGUGGGGAGAUCGCGACGGAGGCGAGAAGAGACGGCGAAAACGCAGCCGGUCCGAGGGACGGAGAGACAGAGCGUUCAUAAGGGCGGAGCGGCGGUAUCUGGAGGCCUAUCGAAAGGGCCGAGCAUCCGCCGUUGCCGACACGCGGCGGGGCAGUGGAGAAAGUGAAGCGUCGGCUGACGUGUAUCCUUUUUCCCUGCGAAGAAGAAAAGGCAGUCGCGUGCAUCCGGCGUCUGCGUCCUCGAAACGGAGCUCCCUUCGGUCUUUGAGCCAGUCGGCAUUCGGCCGGCACUCGUGGCUCGCCGUGGUGCCCCCGGCCGAUGCGCUGCCUUCCGCAGCGCUUCCCUCUCUUCCUACGCCUUCGCCUUCGUCUCUUUCCUUCUCCGGCCUCGACCGAGAAAUGGACUACACUCCUCACGACCACGUGCUCCCGGAGACGCCUCCGGUCCCGCUCGCUUCUUCCCUGUCUUCUUCGCUUCCGGGGACGGACGCAGGUUUCGCGAGUGUCGAGAACCUCGCGGGCGCGCGGUCCUGCGAUGUCUCCCCGCCUCGCGCGCACUUUGCGGCCGACCAGCUUCACCGUGCGGAGCAGAGCGACGCGGAAGCUGUCUCCCCGGCGGUCUCGCCGCGGGGCCGGAACGCGAGCCCGAUGUCUGCCGCGGGCAUGCCGAACCCCGACUCGGGGUCAGCUGCUCAGGCAGCUCCACAGCGGCCCUUGCUCCUGGCGCAGAGCCUCGUGGCCGCGGGAGGCAAGGCGCACCCGCGCGCGGACCUCACAGACUCUCAGCGGAGCCAGGACUUGUCAGACGUGUCUGGUCGGCUGCCGAGUCACCAGAGUCUGCCGCGGAGCGCGGGGCACCCCCCGAUGCAUCCGGGGCUCAGUAUGGGUCUCGAGGCGACUCCCGUGGCACGGCCCAGCAGGCGGCUCUCGACAAUUCCCUCGACUCGGCACCCCGGCAGCGCCAUGACAGGCUUUCCGCAGUCGUCUUUCUCGCAGGGGGUUGCAGCCGUGGCGUCUCCGCGGACCGUGGGGGCCAGCCGAGAAAGCCGAACUUUCGCGGCGGACGGCGCGGCGCGGGCGAGUCGGACGGGGCUGAGCAGCCGGCACAUCAGCCACGGGGCGAGCCGCAGCCCGCUGACUGGAAAGGGAACGCGUCGCCUGAAGAGCGGCUACUCGGUGGGGGCGACCGAGAAGGACAAGCAGAAGGGAAAGAUGCUAAAGUACCAGCUCGUCCAGAAGUUCCACGACAGACUGCCGUGGUGGGUGGCGCGCAUCAUCGUCUACACGGACGCCGCUCUGGAGAACUGCCGCAGACGCCGCCGCCUCAUGCAGCGAGCGACGUGGAAGAACAAAGUCGCGAUGCCCGUCCGAAACAUGCUCGGCCUCUUCAGCGACGAAAAAAUCGAGACGUGGUACGUCCAGUGGCUAAAUGCGUUCAACGCCAAGUACUACCCGCGCAUCGCCUGGCUCCUCUUCCUCAUCUGCGUCUACGCCACCGCCUUCCACGGGCUCUUGAGAGUCCGUGGAUUCAUCGAAAACUACCCCCUUUGCAUGGAUGCAGUUCGGGCGUCCCGACUUGGCGAGGCGGGUUUCCUCAUGCUCGUGGCCUUCCGCUUUGCCUCUCAACCCAUUUUGUCGUUUUUGCUGCUCCUUCCUCUCUUGCGACACUCGGGAUCGAAACUCAUCGAGUGUCUGACCUGUUCCCGGUCCCCAACCACCCCGCCAAAAAGCUACAAGCUCUACCGAUGGAUGAUUGCUCUUUCUUUUGUACAAUUCGUUUACGCCGUCUUUGACAACACAUGGCACUUGAUCGCGGCGCCUUCCUCGAGGCACAUCAACCCGCUGACGAUCAUCCCGGCGAGUCCAAGCCUGGAAAUCGCCGCCGUUCAAACGGUGUACAUCUUGGCUGUUCGGACACCGACAAUCAACUUGAUUUUCCUGCUCUACAUCAUCACGUACCUCAUCGUUUUCUUCGUCGUUCUCCCGCCCGCUGUUCAACAAAUGCAGCUCUUCACCAUCAGCAUCGCGGGGUGGCUCUUCACGUGCGUCGGCGGCCAGCUGUUCUACACCAGAGCCUUCGAGGUCAACCGGCGGCGGCUCUUUUGUAAGUACGUGUUGCCGUACAUGUUGUAUUUGGAGGAGAUUGCGGCGAUUUUGUACUCGAACGCGCAAGGGGAAUAUCCCCUCGACGAAGGCAGCGAGGACGAGAUGUCAAUGGGCUCUACCCACCUCAUCGUCGAUCGCUCGUAG